AUGAAGCAGGACGGCUAUAAGUUCGAGUACUGCUCCAAGCCCCAGACCUCUGGCACCUACAACUGGCCCCCCGGCGACUACUGUAUAGCGAUGAGGGGGAAGAGAUGUCCCAACAAACAAUUCAAGUCUGGGAACAUCACGUGGGAUGACGAAGACAGCAACAACGCCAACAGGAAAUCGGGACAUCUUCCUUUUGGCGUCUACAAUGAGGAUACGGCAGUCAACUACUGUUGUCGAAAUGACUCACCAUCCGAAAGCCCAAUCCUCCUCCCAGCAGCAUCACCGUUCUACCUCUACCGCUACAAGGGAAAUUGUCAAAGGGUUGGCCACAUGAAGGUGACGGAGGAGGUGGUCGUGUUCGAUGACGAGGACAGAAGUAACGCCAACUCUGCGUUUGGGGAGCACCCGAUGGACAGUGGGAGCUCCGGUGACCACACUCUCCACCUCUGUCUUUACGAGCCGCUCUAAACCUCUGUGCUGCUGCCGCUUGUCCGACGCACUCUCCCUGCUGGGGAAAAGUCAUUCUGACCAGUUCUGACACAAAGACUUGUUUUUCUUUUCUUUUUUUUCUUUUUUUUUUUCCCUCCCCUGUAUUUGUUUAUCUUGCUACAAGACACAUUUUUGUUGUAGGAAUUUUUGAAGGAAGGAAAAUAACAUGGUGGUUUUAUUACGUAAAAUGCAGCGGCUAGCUCUGUGAAGGUCUCGUAUAUACCAUCUUACAUGUUAGGCGCUCCUAGGGUAACCAAACGAAUCAUUUAUUUUAGAAAUAGACAGUACCGAUUAAAACUAUCAAAUAAAUCGAAAUAUGUUAUCGGGUAGUAAAAAAAUGUUUGGUUCCUUCACUCGUGAGUCCAUUUCUGAGACUGAGUUGGGUCAGUGUGUAGCAUAGCAAUACUAAGAGUUGUCGGUUGUGACCGGUCUUUCGUUUAUUAUGUUGUCUAGUGGCCGGUACGAUUUUCUCUCGUGCACAGAAGAAGAGAAAUCACGGACACAUCUACUGUAAAUAAACAAUUGAGAAUGGCUGUGUUUUGUACAUACA